AGCGAAUACUUCCCCGGAUCAGUUUGCCAUGCCGGACUUCUCCAUAUAUCAUACAAAAGAUCAGGUGUUCGAAGAGGUUGAGAACUUGGUCAAGGCAAAUGCCCAGAUAAUGAAGUUGGACGUUCUGGCCAUCUCAGACGAAGUCUCGGACCCGCCCUACCGGUCGUCAUUGAAGGUCGUGACUGUGGAGCCUGGAGGACAUACCAGGGAUCAUGACAAAAAGAUGCGGCUCCUGCUGAAUUACGGGGAGCAUGGGAGGGAGCUGAUAACGGUGGAGGUGGCGCUGCGGCUGCUGCAGAUUCUGGCGGACCCCUCAGCUGAGCUGGAGCGAGGGGACCGACCUGGGGGACCUGGCAAGGCCCGGCUGAAGGCCCUGCUCCACAAUACAGUCUUCAAGAUUGUGCCGAUGGAGAAUGAGAAGGGGCGGGACCUAGUGGAGGGGGGAAAUUUAUGCGAGCGCAAGAAUGGGCGCGGAGUUGACACCAACAGGAACUGGGAGGUUCACUGGGGGCACAAGGAGAAGGAUUAUGACCCCAAUGAGGAAUAUCCCGGCACCAAGCCCUUCAGCGAGCCAGAGGCGGCAGCUUUGUUGGCGCUCGCGCGGAAGUUCAAGCCGCAUGUGUGGAUGAACGCGCACUCGGGGAUGGAGGCGCUGUUCAUGCCUUAUGACCAUCUCCCACAUAUCCCCACUGGGGAGGUCGCGCAAGCCACUCUGCAGGUGCUUGAGAAGCUCAACAACGUCACUUGCGGCGGACGCUGCGCAUUGGGAUCGGGAGGGAAGUCAGUGGGAUAUUUGGCACAUGGCACUGCGACGGACUACAUGUACGAGAGGCUGAAGGUUCCGUUGUCAUUCACGUGGGAAAUCUAUGGGGACAACGACGCGCACUUCAAUGAUUGCUUCCGUAUGUUCAACCCCGUCAGCCUUGAAGCCUUCGACAAGGUCGUGACAAGUUGGGCUGAUGGAAUAUUUGCGCUCCUAGAGCUGCUGCCCUCACACCCAGCCAUCCCACGCACCAACACACAACCCCAUAGCGGGGGCCGCAAGGUGGAGCCCGGCGCGACGCGCAGCAGCAGGGAGGGAGUGUCAGAUGGAGGGAACGCGUCUCCAGACAGGCGGCUGGGGGCGGCGGUGCAGGGGUGGCAGAACCGCAUGAGCGAGGCGGCGAGGCUGCGGGUGUUCGACGCCCCGGGGAGCCGCAAGGGUCUCAUAGGGGGUCUAUGCGUCGCGCUGGUUGCCAUUGUCGGCUUUGUGGUUCUAGUCCGAGGCGGCGGCCGCGCGGCAGCUGCCAAGCGCGCCGCCCGGCGGAAGCGCGAGGAAGCUGUGCUUUAG